ACUAAUUAUAAAUUAUCUCAGGAUGAUCUCUGUAUUACUUAGUGAUGUGAAUUAUUUAUGUUUAUUACAUAGAAUGUAUGGGAAUCCGUUGAAUAAACUGAAGCGUGAAGACGUAUUUUUAUUUAUUUAUGUGAUAGUAAAAAUGAUCCCAGCGAAACUUCUAUUUUGUCCUCAAUUGCUCUGUGUUGUGGAGGGCAUGUAUUCGUUAUCCAGUGACCGCUGUACAGCGACCACACCUGAUGUUAAAGGUACCGCAUUAGUUAAAAUGGAGGAUGUAAAAUAUAAAUCCCAAAAGGCGCUUAAAGAGCUAGAGAAGCAUCGCCAGAACUUAUUUGAGAUAUUGAAGAAUUCUAAUGCCACAUUGAUUAGGGGACGAGCUGGUAUCGGCUAUAUGUGCAAUUAUUGUUCAGCCCAGUUUCCCGAUCCAGCCGAUUUAAAAAUACACACACUAGAGACGCACGAUGGCGAAUAUCACCUCGGCUUUGCUCAAAGACGUGGCAUUUCCGAAUACAUCCCAAAGUUAGAUAUAACCGGACUGCGUUGCAAAUUAUGCAAUAAAAGUAUUGAUUCGUUGGAAUCUUUCAAGAAACAUCUUAUUGAUGAUCAUAAAAUACAUAUACAUACAAAUAUAAACAAUCAUAUCAUCCCAUUCAAGUUUAAUGGGGAUGUGUUGCAGUGUUGCAUUUGUUUAGCUCUCUUUGAAAAAUUCAAGAUUUUGAUCGGUCAUAUGCAUUCGCAUUACAGUAAUUACGUUUGUAACAUAUGUUUUGCCGGUUUUGUGAACCGCUCUGCCCUAUCUCGCCAUUCCCAUAAUCACAAAACGGGUGUCUUCACUUGUAAAUAUUGUGAGAAAGGGUUCAACAGUCUCACCAAGAAGGUUUCUCAUGUGAGAAAUGCACAUACUGGCAAGUUUUACCGAUGUGGUUAUUGCAAUGAGGUCUUCAAAGACUAUCGUUUAAAAGAGGUCCAUUUGACUGAAGCACACGGUGUUCCUAAUCCGACAGUUAAAUGCCGGGCAUGCGAUAAAGAAUUUGCAAGCAAGAAGGCUAUGAAAGCUCAUAUAAAUUAUACACAUUUGAUGGAGAAACGGCGUAGUUGUGAUUAUUGCGACAAACAGUUUUACGGUUCCUCGGGAUUAAAAAGACACAUGUUGAAGCAUACAGGCGAAAAGAAGUUUCAAUGUGGGGUCUGUUUGAAGUCGUAUGGAAGAAAGACCACUUUGAGGGAACAUAUGCGGAUACACAAUAACGAUAGAAGAUUCAAAUGCGAUUACUGUGGACAGGCGUUUGUGCAGAAGUGUAGUUGGAAAGCUCAUAUACGAAGUAAACACCAGGAUUUGGUGAAGUGAAUCUUUCGUAUCUGUUAUAUUGAAUUUGCGAUAAUUUAUUGAUUAAAUUAAAUAUA